GACAGUGCAACCAUGCAGUUCUGUGCCAACAAAUUGGACAAGAAGGACUUUUUCGGCAAAUCUGAUCCCUUCAUGGUCUUUUACAGAAGCAAUGAAGACGGCACCUUUACGAUCUGCCAUAAGACGGAGGUGGUGAAGAACACCCUCAACCCUGUCUGGCAGCCGUUCACCAUUCCAGUCAGAGCUCUCUGUAAUGGAGACUAUGACAGAGCAAUCAAAGUGGAAGUGUAUGACUGGGACCGUGACGGCAGCCACGAUUUCAUCGGUGAGUUCACCACCAGCUACAGAGAGUUAGCCCGAGGUCAGAGCCAGUUCAACGUUUAUGAGGUGGUAAAUCCAAAGAAGAAGAUGAAGAAGAAGAAAUAUGUAAAUUCAGGAACGGUGACACUGCUGUCGUUCUCGGUGGAAUCAGAGUCGACUUUCCUCGAUUACAUCAAAGGAGGGACCCAGAUCAAUUUCACUGUGGCCAUUGAUUUCACCGCCUCUAACGGAAACCCUUGCCAGUCCACGUCUCUACAUUACAUGAACCCCUACCAGAUGAACGCCUAUGCCCUGGCACUGAAGGCUGUGGGGGAAAUCAUCCAGGACUAUGACAGUGACAAGAUGUUCCCUGCACUGGGAUUUGGAGCCAAGCUGCCCCCCGAUGGACACGUGUCUCAUGAGUUCCCCCUAAAUGGCAAUAUUGAAAAUCCCUACUGUAAUGGUAUUGAGGGGAUAUUAGAGGCAUACCAUCAGAGUCUAAAGACCGUCCAACUAUACGGACCUACUAACUUUGCCCCUGUUGUAAAUCAUGUGGCCAGAUAUGCAGCUGCUGUCCAGGAUGGCUCGCAAUAUUUUGUGCUCCUCAUAAUCACAGAUGGGGUUAUAUCUGAUAUGUCACAGACCAAAGAGGCCAUCGUGAAUGCUGCCAAGCUUCCCAUGUCCAUCAUUAUUGUUGGGGUUGGACAGGCUGAAUUUGAUGCUAUGGUCGAGUUGGAUGGUGAUGACAUCAGGAUUUCCUCAAGAGGAAAAUUAGCAGAGCGAGACAUUGUCCAGUUUGUGCCGUUCCGGGAUUACAUGGACCGGACGGGAAACCACGUGUUGAGCAUGGCACGACUGGCCAAAGAUGUUCUGGCUGAGAUUCCUGACCAGUUCAUUUCUUACAUGAAGAGCCGGGGAAUCAAACCCAAUCCGGCGCCGCCUCCAUACACACCGCCAGGACACACACACCACACACAGAUCUGAGCACACGCUCCCAAACCUGCUUUAACACAACAGGUCCUCUCCCUGGACUCGUGGGCUAGCUGUACCGGAGCUUUUAUGGUGGAGCUCCCUGCAUCACCGUGUGUUUGAACUCUCCGAGACACUUUGAGGUACAGUGGUGUUUGUUUGUGCCAUUUAUAUUUUCUGCCCACUUGUUUUUGUCCUCAGAAGGACAGUGUGGUCGAAGAAUCUGACCCAAGGGCAGCUUUUUUGUUCGUUUUGUUAAAAAAUAUCUAUAUCUUGGCCUGUGACUGUUUCUUAUUUUGUGGAUCAGUUGACAAGGGAAUGAAGAGCAGGAGGAGGAGGAGGAUAUUUGUGGUUUCAACUUGUGCCUGUCUGUGAUCGUCUCAGUGAACCAGGACAAGUGUGCCCUAAUCUGACAUUUGACCUUACUCCACAUUGGUAUACUAGAGUGUGUGCUUUACAGUGACGUUUUUAGAUUCGUUUCACUUUCAUUUCGUAUCAGGUCAGGCCUGUGUCAGUUUGGGUUUAUUACGUAAAAAAAAAAAAAAAAAUCAUUUCUAUUCUCUGUCCGUAUCCAUUAUGGUUUAGGAAAGCAUGCAUGUAUGAGAAAUGAAUAACUUUGUUCCUAUCCAUGAAUGGCGUGAUGAGAGAUGUACUAUUUUGCCAAAACUUCACAUGGCACCUGCCUAGAAUGACUGUAGAAGCACAACUUGCAUCAAUAAUCAGCAUUAUUCUUGCUCACGUGCUUCUCUAGGAAUGCUUCGUGGCCAUUUUGGUCAGUUGAUAUGGGUCCUCUCUCCCUCUCGGGCAGAAAUGAGGCCUGGAGUGUGCUCAGAAUGGUGUCGCCCACUCAACUGUAGUUCAUUCACCAAUUCAAUUUUGUCAAGAGGCUUUUAAUCAAAUAAGAGUGCUUGAUGUAUCUGUACUCUGCCAGUACAGGGCUGAAUGGAGGAGCUUUUGUAAUUGAGCACAUUACAGUGCUGCCUGGGUGUAAUAACCAUGAGCAUUUAGCCCUGUGACUGUAUGGGGCAUUCAUUAUCUCCAGAUGUAUUUCUGCCAACCCACAAAGCAUAGAGCAUCAAAGCAUUACAGUCUUUUCACCCAUUCACCCAUUAAUGCAUUUUUUUUUUUUUUUGUGGAAUUGAUCGAUUUGUAUUUACUGCACACAAUAUUAUUGCAUUUUAAAUGUAAAAUUUGCAUGAUUUAAGUAAAUUAUUCUAUUUAUUUUAAUACAGAUUUUUACACAUUAUAUACUAACAUUAAUAUUCCACUGUGUUUCUCAUGUCAUGUAUUUUAUUCUGUAUAUUUGUGUUUAUUGACCUAGUGUUAAAAUCCUUUUUUAUUUAUUUUAUUGAUGUUUUUUUAUUAUUAUUAUUAUUAUUUCAGGUCAAUUGAUUUAAGUUUAAUUGAUUUGUGUUGCACACAGUAUAAUUUUGUUUUAAAUACGUUAUCUGAUUUUCAUACACCAUAUACCACA